CACAUCUCGUCAUAAAAAAGUAUUUUGUAUUUACAUUCCUCUUUUCAAAUCAAAUCAAAUUUGAUCCCACUUGCCGCCAACACAGUUUGAAAGAAAACAAGUUUUCUUUUAUAUUUUAGAAGAGGUUACUGGAAUGGUUAGUGAAAUAUCCCGUGGUUUUCGGGAAGAUUGUUUCACAUUUCUAAAUGAAUUCUCCAAACAUGAGUCUAUGGAAUUCCGGUAUUUUUGCCACGAAUGGAAAAGAGUCAACUUUCAAUACGUAUUUCACGGUCGCAAUACCGACGUUGAAUUGGUCGAAUUUGUCAAUGAAGCGCUACUAAUCGUAAAGCAGAUAUUUCUUUGUUCUAAGAAACCAUUGGAGAGGAUUGGAUCGUUCUAUUUAAUGUAUGCGUUAUAUUUCAAACAACCUUCAAAUUUAUUCUGUAAGAUACGUGUCACUCCCGGAGAUUGGCGAUUUUUUAAACGGUUUGUGCAAAAUCCAUCGCAAGGAAGUGAAUCGCAGGAAAUCAAAGUAAUUUUUUGGAAAUUGUUUGUCGGUGAUGCUUUUCGGUUUGUUCAGGAUGAAAAAGAACACGGCUAUGAUCCGUUCUUUGUCAAAGGACUUCAAAGUAAUCGGUUUGAUGAUAAGGUUCGAGAAUCGUUUAAAAUUAUCAAAGAAGCGGAAAGUGAUUUUCAGGCGAUGAAAUCAAGCACUGGUCUGUUUACGGCUCUAGAUGCACUGGAGAUGGCCUACAAUGAGAUGAAGGAGUCGCUGGAUGAAACUGAAACAAACUCAAGCUCAACAGACAAAAUCCCACAAUCGAAUCUGAUGCAAAGCUUGCAUGGUGAUCUGGAUGAAAUCGUAAAAAUUCUCGGUACUGAUGAAUCCACUAUAGUCACUAGUAUGACGAUAGUCGGUCUCGAUCAUAGCGACGAGUUGUAUACUGUGCGAUCCAGCGAAAAUAUUGGAGCCAAACGGUCUUCGCUGCGUGAAAAAGCCUUUCGAAGGAAGGUUAAUAAAAGGGAUCUCCAGAUAGCGACAGCGAUAGUGUCUAAUGUAAAUAGUGAUUCGACGAUGGCAUCAUCCAGUAAAUCUUUGCGACCACGGGCUACCAAGAAACGGGAUAUGAAUACAUCGGUGUUGCUAGAUGAUUCCAUUGCGGAUAUGAUGAGCACUGACGAAGACUGAACGAUCGCGUAGGAGGUAUCUCCGACUAGCAGCUGGAUAAGUAUCUUAGAAAUGGCGCAAAGGGUCUACCAAGUGAUAUUUUUUUGUUAGUAUGUAGUAAAUAUAAAAUAUUGAA